GCAGGAGCCAUCGGCCUGCACGCUCCCAUCAGCCUGCACGCUUCUGCACACCACAAGACAUCUGUUCUGACUAUUCGGAUUCCAGUGUUCAGACACACACCGAUGCAGAGAGGAGACGCCGGCCACUGACUCCCCCUGAUGCUGCUGUCCUCCGCUCAGCACUCCUGCUAACAUGGGCUGUAUGAAAUCAAAGCAGACAUUCCCAUUUGUCACCAACUUUGGGACUGAGCGGCAAGGUGGGAGUGAAGACAGCUUUAUGCCUGAAGAGAGGUUACGCAGGUUGUCUUCCCCGUGUAAAGCUCAAGGGGACAUGAAGGCACACCCAGGGGCCAACACCGCAGUUAUGGCGUAUGCAGACCGCCUGUCCCGGGAGAUCCUGCGUGAUGCCUUGCAGCAGUGGGCAUGCAAUCACAUCAAGUACUGUGACAUUCCAUACAUUGAGAGUGAGGGCCCGUGACCUGUGGGAUGUAGCACCUUGCUGAACUGUGCAUAGAGUCGGUGCUAGUAUAAAUACAUGAGCCAAAAGCAAAACUGUGUAAGUCAUGUAAAAGCAUGUGUGCCCACAUCUCUGGCGCAGGAAUACCGCAGAGGAGGGGUUUCACAAGCAGCUCUGUGCCAGCAGCAAUGUGGAGCUGCUUGCUCGUGGAUUCUAGUCGUGGAAGGGCCAAGUGGGGACCUGUAGCACCCAGUAACCAUGUCUGUCACACUAGCUUCAUCCAACAUGGUCACGGCAUCACCAAAGAAAACAAAGAGGAACAAAAGCCACAAGUUCCAAAAAUUAGCAGAAAAUUAUUUUCUGUUAAUGCCUAUCAAAAAAACCCUCCCAGACAGGAGAGUUUCUGUUUUCUCUCAAAAAGCCUUGACCAGAGAAGGGAACUCACAGUGCAGUGCUCCGCAGUGGCUCUUGUUUGCCUGUGGGCUCCAUGUCCUGAAGAGGGCCACCUCACCCCGCAGCACCCUCAGGAGCCAUCACUGUUGAUGGACAGCUUUGCAAAUACAGUCAAACCUUGGGCUGUCAGGAACUUC